UCCAUUGACCAUUUUAUUCACAACCCACCCACCAUUUAAGACACUUGUUUAUAACCUCCCAUCUUUGAAAUUUCUCCCUUUAUAUUAUUACAACUUUCUCAGAACUCAUAUCCAAAAGCUCUCUGACUUUCUCAGCAUCCAAACAUGGCCAAGGAAGGAGAAGCUACCAGCAAAACCAUCCCAUUUGAAGAAGGAUGGCCAGUGCUACAAGAUGCAAUCAACAAACUCAUUGACAGUUUGGAAGGAGUUUGUCCCCACACUUUCACUGCUGAAGAGUAUAUGACCCAUUACACAACUGUUUACAAUAUGUGUGGUAACCCUAUUGGUCCUCAAAGUCAAAAGUUAUAUGAUGAAUACAAGAAGAGCUUUGAAGAUUAUAUCUCAUCCAAGGUACUACCAUCUUUAAGGGAAAAAAAAGAUGAGAAUUUGUUACAAGAAUUAGUAAAAAGAUGGAAUAACCACAAGGUUUUGACUUACUGGCUCUCAAGAUUUUUUAACUUUCUUGAUAGAUGCUUCACCGCAAACAGAAGACUUCCCAAACUGCUAGAGACUAGCUUCAUGACCUUCUAUGAACUGGUUUACGGGGAAAUGAAUGAUCAAGUGAGGGAUGCUGUAAUAUCUAUGGUAUGUUUUGUUUCAUAAUAUUUUGAAACGAAUAUUGUAUCCUCAUUGUAGUUUAACAA